AUGGUCUUGGUCGAGGAAUUGUUUUCUCUCAUGAAAUACAGAGUAAAGCUGAUGUACGCCAAGCUCUUGCAUUUCUUGGCAGCUGUUCCUCAGAGAACUGUUCUUAUCAGGAGCGGUAAUGGCCAACUCAUGCUAGUAUCUCAACAAGCAAUAGCACGAGCACAGAACCAGCCACAAAAUAACACAAGCGUGGGACCAUCUGUACCGACCAGCACACCUGCAAUCAGAAUAUGUGCUGUACAGAACUCUGGCACUCAGUUACUAAAGAAAGUAGCAGCUGCUCCUGUGAAAACAUUCUCUCAAACAACAAAUGCUGUGGCUUCUACUGUUCAGACACCUGCUGUAAUACAGCCAGCAGCUGCAACAGCUAGUGUUACUGCAGUUACUGCUGUAAAGCCUUCGAGUACUGGAACACCUGUAAAACUUCCAGUUACAGGACCACCUGCACAAGCUAUCUCCCAAAAGGCAGUCUCUGUGAAAGCAGAGGGCACAACAGUAGCACAGACCAGUGCUUCUACAGAGAUGCUGGAGAAUGUGAAGAAAUGCAAGAAUUUUCUUGCUACGCUAAUAAAACUGGCAUCUAGUGGACCUCAAGCCUCUGAGAUGGGGCAGAAUGUGAAGAAUCUGGUGCAAAAUCUAUUGGAAGCAAAAAUUGAACCAGAAGAAUUUACAAAAAAGCUAUACAUAGAGCUCAAGUCCUCUCCACAGCCGUAUUUAGUUCCUUUUCUCAAGAAAAGCAUGCUUGCCUUACGGCAGCUAAUGCCCAAUGCCCAGAGCUUUAUCCAGCAGUGUAUGCAGCAGCCAGCUCCAACCCAAGAAGCUACCGUGAAGCCUGUUCCUUCCUCUGCAGUGGUGACAGCAUCUCCUCGGCCCGCAGCUUCAGUCCUCACCACGACAAUAGCAACAUCAGGGCUGACUGCUAUCCAGACUGUCAAACCGAUCUUCACCUCUGCUGUAGCAACGUCCGCUCUCCAGUCUGCAACACCAGUGCUCGUCUCUACAGUGGCAUCUUCAGCAGCAACCCCUCUCCAGCCUGUGAAACCAGUCAUUGGAACCCCAAUUGGUAUCAAAAUUUCACAGCCGAACUCCAUCGUUGCACAGUCAGUGGGUGCUCAGCAGGUGGUUAAAGUGAAACAGUUGGUAGUCCAACAACCAUCAGGAGGCAUUGUAAAGCAAGUAUCCACGCUCCCGCAACCCUCAACGCAGACCCUACAGACAUCUGCUGAGAAAAGGAUGCCACUGAAUACACUUGUUCAAACCAACCAGUUUCCUGCAGGUUCCGUUCUGAAACAAAUUACCCUGCCAGGAAAUAAAAUUCUGUCGCUUCAAGCAUCUCCUGUUCAGAAAGCUAAAAUAAAAGAGAAUGGAGCAAUAUCCUUCAGGGAUGAAGAUGAUAUAAAUGAUGUGACUUCUAUGGCUGGAAUCAGUCUUAGCGAAGAGAAUGCGUGCAUUUUGGCAACAAAGUCUGAGCUCGUUGGUACAGCGAUCCGCUCUUGUGCAGAUGAACCUUUUCUCUCCUCAGAAGCGCUUCAGAAGAAGAUCUUGAACAUAGGUAAAAGGCAUGACAUCAUGGAACUUAACUCUGAUGUUGUGAACUUGAUCUCCCAUGCUACGCAGGAGAGAUUACGAGGCCUCCUAGAAAAACUAACUGUAAUUGCUCAGCACAGAGUAUCAACCCACAAGGGGAGUGAUAGGUACUUUGUAUCUAGUGACACCAAAGCACAGCUGAGAUUUCUUGAAAAGCUUGAUCACCUAGAAAAGCAGAGAAAGGAUGAAGAGGAACGUGAAAUGUUGCUUCGAGCAGCCAAGAGCCGUUCCAAUAAAGAAGAUCCAGAGCAACUGCGGUUAAAGCAGAAAGCGAAAGAGAUGCAGCAGUUGGAGUUAGCACAAAUGCAGCAAAGAGAUGCCAACCUCACAGCUUUGGCAGCCAUUGGACCAAGGAAGAAGAGACCAUUGGAUUCAUCAAACGUUGGAUCUGGGCAGGAGGGUUUGAAUGGCAAUGGAAUUUCUCCUGGAUCAUCAAGUUUUAGCCUUACAAAACAGCUGCUUUGUCCAAGGAUAACCCGCGUCUGUCUCAGGGACUUGAUAUUCUGCAUGGAACAAGAGAGGGAGAUGAAGCAUUCUCUAACCUUGUACCGUGCUCUUCUGAAGUGA